CACCAUUAUCUCCCUCGAUUUCUCAUUUUCAGUUGACUACUUCUUCAAUUUCUUUCUCUCACUCUCAUUCUCAUUCUCCCUCCCUCUCUCUCUCUCUCUAAGAUAGUAAGGUACACGUUGUCUGGGAAUUAAUACAACUUAAAUUAUGGAGAUUCAGUUACGUUCUUGCUGUAACACGAUUGUUCAAUAAUUUCUGAAAACUCACAAAUGUAAAGAGAGAUAUAUAGAGUAUCGGAUAAAUGUGUGGGUUGGGUGUUUACAGUGUAUGAUCUUUCAUUCUUUCAUGGACGAUGACCAAGUCUUCUAACUUUGCAUUGGUAUUCAGAGAUCCAAAACAUAGAAGGUUCUGUUUCUGCGGUUUCCUUCCUGCAGCUUCUCUAUUCUGUCUUGUUCUUUUCAUAUGGAGUGCGUUGAUAGCUCAAAAUAGUAAAGAGAAUUUCUUGAUAUGGGGCUUAAGGGGGAGUAAUGCUAAAUAUGGUGCAUGCAAGAAUCGAUGCAGGCCACCCGGAAGUGAGCCAUUACCCGAAGGGAUAGUUGCAUCGACUUCUAACUUGGAAAAACGACCAUUAUGGGGUUCUCCGAAGAACACAAAUACAUCUAAAAGUUUAUUUGCUGUUGCUGUUGGGAUAAAGCAAAAGAAAACUGUAAAUGAGAUGGUUCAACGGUUCCUGGCAAGCGAUUUUGUUGUGAUGCUUUUCCAUUAUGACGGUAUUGUCGAUGAGUGGCAGGAUUUUGAAUGGAGCAACAGUGUAAUACACAUAUCUACUGGAAAUCAAACUAAAUGGUGGUUUGCAAAGAGAUUCUUGCAUCCGGAUAUAGUUGCCGAGUAUGAUUACAUUUUCCUGUGGGAUGAAGACCUCGGAGUCGAAAACUUCAAUCCUGACAGAUAUUUGUCAAUUGUGAAAGAUGAAGGGCUCCAAAUAUCACAACCAGCUCUCGAUAUCAGCAAAUCUGAGGUGCAUCAUCUGAUUACUGCAAGAGGGAGAAGAAAAAAUGUGCACAGGAGAACUUACAAGCUUGGAACUACAGGAAUUCAUUGCGAUGAAAAUAGCUCUGCUCCUCCGUGCACCGGGUGGAUAGAAGUGAUGGCCCCGGUGUUCUCAAAGGCUGCCUGGCGCUGUGUAUGGUACAUGAUCCAGAAUGACUUGAUCCAUGCUUGGGGAUUAGACAUGCAGCUUGGCUAUUGUGCACAAGGCGACCGAACAAAAAAUGUAGGAGUUGUCGAUGCAGAAUACAUUGUUCAUCUUGGUGUCCCAACACUAGGAGAAUCUGAUAACAAGAGUAAAGCAGUAUCGAGUGGGGAUACUUCUCGAGCUGAAAGCAAGGAAACGUCGCAUUCCCAAGCAAUCGACAAGAGAAUUGAAGUGAGAAGACAAUCGUAUUAUGAGUACAUGAUAUUCAAAAGCCGAUGGAAGAAAGCGGCCGAGGAGGACAAGUGUUGGGUUGAUCCAUACUCGGAAACGAAACAAGGGAAACAGACCACACGUUAAUUCAUAAUUCGUUUUUCAACCUGAUUCAAUUAGUUUAUACAUGUACAUUUUGAUUUUUAUGUAAAGAGAACAAGAAAAAUAGAACAAACAGGAAAUGAGUGGUUAAAGAUUGGCUUUGGAGUUGUACGUGUGUACAAUUUGACAAGGGAAGUUACUUUCACAUGGUUAAUUCAAAUAAUAUUUAACUUUUUUAUGAAGGUGUAAAAGUAAACCUUCAAAUUCAAA